AUGGCAUCUGAGAACAAGGGCCGUCUUGCUGGCAAGAAUGCUGUAAUCACGGGAGGUGCUGGCGGAAUUGGCCUCGAAACAUCGAUCCUCUUUGCAAAAGAAGGCGCCAAUGUUCUAAUAGUCGAUAUCUCUGGCCCGGCAUUGGAGAAAGCCAAGGCCAAAGUCUUGCAGCUGGUACCGCAAGCCGGCCGAGUGGAAACAAGAAUCUGCGACGUGUCCAAAGAAGACGAUGUAAAGGCAACGAUAGAAACCUUGGACUCGUGGGGCGGGCUCGACGUCAUCUUCAACAACGCGGGUAUCAUGCACGCGCGAGACGACGACGCGGUCGGCACGCCCGAGGAGAUAUGGGACCUUACCAUGUCGAUUAAUGUGAAGGGCGUGUGGUACGGAUGCAAGCACACGGUGCUCUCUCUGCGGCGCAACAAGAAGACGAAGGGCAGCAUCAUAAACACCGCGUCCGUCGUCGCUCUUGUCGGCUCUGCGACCCCGCAGCUGGCGUAUACUGCGUCCAAGGGAGCCGUCCUAGCCCUGACGCGCGAGCUAUCUAUCGUGCACGCUCGUGAAGGUUUCCGCUUCAACAGCUUGUGCCCGGCGCCCUUGAACACGCCGCUGCUACAAGAUUGGCUCGGAGACGAUGUGCCGAAGCGACUGCGACGAGAGAUCCAUUUCCCGACUGGAAGGUUUGGCGAGGCCAUAGAGCAGGCUCAAGCUGUGCUGUUCUUAGCCUCUGAUGAAGCUAGCUUUGUAAAUGGCCAUGAGAUGGUAGUAGACGGCGGCAUGAGCAAAGCAUAUGUCACACCAGAGGGACCACCUCUACCUGCCCCUGCGAACAAUGCUUCGAAGACUGAGCUAUAA